AUGGCGCUGCUGGUGGGCAAACUACUGAUUGCAGUGGGCGCGCUGCUGCUCGUGCACGCUGGCUACUACUCGGUGCAAUACGAGAACUACGUCAAGCUGACCGAAACUGUGGAGGCCCAAAUGCCACCGACAGAGGUACUCGUGGAACUUACUUUGGCCUUUUGUAUCUCGUUGGUGGGCGUCCUGCUUACGUCGGGAGAGAUGUUACCGAUACGAUCCAACGACGCACUGCACUUUAGGUCGCUGGCUACUGUCGUCUCCUGUCCGGACUUUCAUGUGUUUAACCACCGCGGGAAAUCGCUACAGAAGCGUACCAUGUCGUAG